GCAGCCCGGGGAGCUGCGCCCUGCCCUGAGAAACCAGGGCACUGCUGUGGGACUGCAGUCUGCUGGGACGACAUGGACUCUGGGCUCUCCUGGCACCUACCUGGGCAUCGCUGCCAUCACAUGGGGCAUGAUGCUGUGGGUGGAGGUGGGUGCCUGGACUUACCACUACAGUGAUCAAGGGGACUACACGUGGGAGCAGGCCAGGAAUUUCUGCCAGACCUUCUUUACUGACCUGGUGGCAAUCCAGAACCAGCAGGAGAUCGAGUACCUCAACAAGAGCCUUCCCUACCACGGGCGCUACUACUGGAUUGGCAUCCGCAAGCUGGGCGGCAUCUGGACCUGGGUGGGCACUGGGAAGGUGCUGUCCAAGGAGGCAGAGAACUGGGCAGUGGGGGAGCCCAACAACCGCCGCUCCAACCAGGACUGCGUGGAGAUCUACAUCCAGCGGCCGCAGCAGUCCGGCAAGUGGAAUGACGAACCCUGCAACCGGAAGAAGAAGGCGCUGUGCUACCGGGCCUCCUGCCAGCCCUUCCCGUGCAGCCAGCAUGGCGAGUGCGUGGAGACCAUUGGAAGCUACUACUGUGAGUGCUACCCUGGCUUCCACGGCCCUGAGUGCGCAGAUGCUGUGCAGUGUGCCAAGCUGGAGCCCAAGGGAGUGCCCAUGAACUGCAGCCAUCCCUACGGAGACUUCAGCUACAACUCCACCUGUGAGUUCAGGUGCCACGAGGGGUUUGAGCAGCGAGGGGCGGGCAUGCUGCAAUGCCUGCCUUCCCAGGAGUGGUCAGCAAACAUCCCCACCUGCACAGCCGUCACCUGCCCCGUGCUCAGAGCUCCAGACCACGGAGAGCUGAACUGCUCCCACCUCCAUGGGGACUUCACCUUUGGCUCCACAUGUGCCUUCUCCUGCCAGAAGGGGUUUGUGCUGAUGGGGCCGGAGAGCCGUGAGUGCACAGCCCUGGGGACCUGGACAGGGGAUGCUCCACGCUGUGAAGCCAUUGCCUGUCCAGUGCUCGGUGCUCCAGAAAAAGGAGAGCUGAACUGCUCCCACCUCCAUGGCAACUUCACCUUUGGCUCCACGUGUGUCUUCUCCUGCCAGACAGGAUUUGCCUUGGUGGGGCUGCCGAGCUAUGAGUGCAUAGCCACAGGAAUCUGGACAGGGGAUGCCCCACGCUGUGAAGCCAUCGCCUGUCCAGUGCUCAGUGCACCUGACCAGGGAGAGAUGAACUGCUCCCACCUCCAUGGCAACUUCACCUAUGGAUCCAUGUGUGUCUUCUCCUGCCAGACAGGAUUUGCCUUGGUGGGGCUGCCGAGCUUUGAGUGCACAGCCCUGGGGACCUGGACUGGGGACACACCACACUGUGAAGCCAUCACCUGCCCAGUGCUCAGAGCUCCAGACCAGGGAGAGCUGAACUGCUCCCACCUCCAUGGGGACUUCACCUUUGGCUCCACGUGUGCCUUCUCCUGCCAUAAGGGGUUUGUGCUGAUGGGGUCAGACAUUCACAAGUGCACAGCCCUGGGGACGUGGACAGGGGAUGCCCCACGCUGUGAAGCCAUCAAAUGCUCAGCACUGACUACCCCCAAGAUGGGCCAGGCUGCCUGCUCCCACCUCCAUGGGGAAUUCACCUUUGGCUCCACGUGUGCCUUCUCCUGCCAGAAGGGGUUUGUGCUGAUGGGGCCGGAGAGCCGUGAGUGCACAGCCCUGGGGACCUGGACUGGGGACCCCACACAUUGCAAAGCCAUCAGCUGCCCAGAGCUGUCCCCCCCCAGCAGAGGCCAGCUGAGCUGCUCUCAUGUGCACGGGAACUUCACCUACAACUCCACGUGCACCUUUUCCUGUGCGGAGGGGUUUGUUCGGGUGGGAGCAGAGAUGCUCCGGUGUGAGGCCUCGGGGAACUGGACCAGGGAUCCCCCUGUCUGUGCAGAGGAUAGUGCCUUCCUAAAGCAAGUCCUGGCUUACAGCAGCGGCACAGCCCUGGCAGUAGCUGGUCUUGUGCUCUCUGGGGGGCUCAUUGCCCUUCUUGCGAAGAGGCUCAGUGACAGAGAGGAGAAGAAGAAGCUCCUGAAACCCACAAGUGACCUGGGAGCACCAGGAACCUUCACCAAUGCAGCAUAUGAUGCCAACCUGUGAGGUGAGGGUGGCAAGACCCUCGCAGCACCCUGUUCAAAACUCACCUGGCUGGCCUUCUUCCUGGCUGGGGUGCUCCUGGCUGGGGACACCCCUUGGGACUGAAGUGGGUAACACCAGCUCCAUCUCUCCUGUGCUUCCGGCCUGCCUGAGACUGAAACCCGCCAUGUCCCCCAAGGCUGCAGGCCCAGCAGGAGCUGCUGCGGGAGCACAGGGGGACUCCAUGCCUGUGGUUGUAGCCUGGACCAGAGCUGCCCCUGGACACUGCCGCCAUGCUGUGUGUGCAGCAUUCCCCUGGGAAGGGGAGCUGCUUCCAGUGCAGGCAGCUGGAGACCCACCAGGGGCCAAGAGCCACAUGCUGGGGGCAGCCUGCCACCCAGCCCUGGGACAUUCUCCCCCUGGGAAUUGGGACGUUCCCCAAUAGCUGCUCCACUCAUGCUUUCACCAAUGAGCUUGUGUCAUCGGGGUCUGAAUAAACACCUUUGUCUAA